GGUGGCUGCGCGUGUCGCACUGGGCCUGUGGGCUACGCUCGCCCUAAUUCUCUUACUGGAGCAGUACCGGGGACGUUCUUCUGGCGACCUCGGCUGGGGCUGGACUUGUCGAUCCCCACCACAGAGGUAAACUUGAGACUUCGGCCGCCAACAAAGGAAUUCAUCCAGGACGGCACGGUGGUGCUGUUCGACGGCUACGAGGUGGGGAUGACGGUAGUGGGGCUCGCAGCCGGCGUAUCGGGGGCGAAACCCUAUCCGCAUCUCAACCCGCUAUCUGCCUACUUCUAUACCAACGCUUAUCGAUGGGGACUGAGGCAUCUGAGUCUUCUACCAUUCUGGAUCGGCGGCAACGGCGGCAGCUACUGCGACACACACAAGGUGUGGAAGCGCCGUUUCUACUACAUGGACGAGUUCAUGCCGGAGUGGUUGCGCAAGAUCUUUCCCUACGUCGACAAAAACGAGUGGAAGAAAGAGGAGAGAGAGUUCCGCCGGUUCAAGAAGUACGCGGAGCCGGCCUUCGGCAAACACUACCGCUUCCCCUCCAAAGUGUUCAACGACUUCAAGUCGCAAGAGACCAAAGAGACUGACGAACAGCUUGACUCGUUUAGUUCUAUUUCGACAUAAACGAAUGUGUUGUUUUCGUUACGUGUUUAGAUUUUAUUCACUCGGUGGCAGAUCGUGUGUAAAAAUAAAAACCAAACCUUAUAUUAACAAUUAGCUGAUAGAUUACAGAUACGCUAAGUUAGCUUAAAUAUAAAUACGUGGUGCAACAACCCAACUGUACCAGGCAACAGGUCUAGAAAUUAAGAAUUACAGAGAAUUAAAAACUACAUAGUUGAGACUAUAUUAUUAAUAAGUAUUUUGCUAAUAAGCGAUUCGCUUAUGAUUAAAUCAACUAUAUUUUGUUAAAUAUAUUAUAAUGAAAUGUAAUUGAACAAGGACUUAAUUACAUAUGAGAUACCUAGUUAUUAUUAAAAGUACCACAACUCUGGCAAAUUCACAUAUUUGUUUUAUUCAAAAUAAGUUGACCUGUGGCUUAGCUUCAAAGUCAAACAAACAAACAAAAAAUACGAUACGUACUGAUUCGUUGUUACAAAAUAAUAAA